CACAUCCGUGUGUUUACAGUCCUGACAGAAACGAUUAAUAGGAAAAAUAAGAAUAGCAAAAUAUAAAUCUUCACAAAUGAUAUUAAGAACGAUGUGCUAAGGGCAACAGUAAGAUUUUUGUGUGUAAAAUAAAGUAGCUAUUUGUUUUUAGAUCGUUUGCUUGUUAAGAUUUGACAUUUUCUCCUCACGGAAUAAUCCAUUUUAUGUUUGUUUUUGAAAUGUCAAAUCGGGAUACGAAGAAGAGCAUUUAAAGUCAUUUGAGUGAAAUGUGAGUGAUGGACGCUUCGUGUAUUAGCAGCUUCUCUUCAUUUAUGUGUGAGAGGAAGCAGCAGCUGCUCGACACGAGACACGGAUACACUCGCUAGCUUUGUCAAACCUUUACUCUAUGAAUCCUAAAAACAUUUCAACAUGUCUACAAAAGCAGAGCAAUUUGGCUCUAAGAUUCGAUACUUGCAAGAGUAUCACAACCGUGUGCUUCACAAUAUUUACCCAGUGCCAUCCGGAACAGACAUUGCAAAUACUCUGAAAUACUUUUCCCAAACUUUGCUCAGCAUCCUGUCCCGUACAGGCAGGAAGGAGAGCCAGGAAGCUUCCAAUUUGGCCGUGCCCAUGACCAUGUGUCUUUUUCCUGUGCCAUUCCCACUCACCCCAUCUCUAAGACCACAAGUCAGUUCCAUCAACCCUACAGUUACUCGAUCCCUCCUUUACAGCGUUCUGCGGGACGCCCCGGCCGACCGGGGUGGUGCCACCCAGCAGAGUCGGGAGGUUCAGCUCUCAGAUUACCCCUCAUUGGAGUAUCAGGGUCUCUAUGCCACUCUCGUCACCUUGCUUGACCUGGUGCCCCUGCUGCAGCACGGUCAACACGAUCUGGGACAGGCCAUAUUUUACACUACAACCUGUCUUCUGCCUUUCCUCAGUGAUGAUAUUCUCAGUACUUUACCCUACACCAUGAUCUCCACUUUAGCCACCUUCCCUCCGUUCCUGCACAAAGACAUAAUCGAGUACCUGAGCACCUCCUUCCUCCCCAUGGCCAUAUUGGGUUCAACUCGAAGAGACGGUGGAGUUCCAGCAUAUGUCAAUCUGUCUGCCUCAUCCAUGUUGAUGAUUGCCAUGCAGUACACUUCUAAUCCAGUAUACCACUGUCAGCUUUUGGAGUGUCUUAUGAAGUACAAACAGGAAGUAUGGAAGGAUCUACUGUAUGUCAUAUCUUAUGGUCCAUCCCAAGUCAAACCUCCGGCUGUUCAAAUGCUCUUCCAUUAUUGGCCUAACCUCAAGCCUCCAGGUGCCAUCAGUGAGUACAGAGGACUGCAGUACACAGCCUGGAACCCCAUUCACUGUCAACACAUCGAGUGCCAGAAUUCGAUUAACAAGCCUGCAGUGAAGAUGUGUAUUGAUCCAACGCUUUCGGUUGCUCUGGGUGACAAACCACCUCCUUUAUACAUCUGUGAGGAGUGCAGUCAGAGGAUUGCUGGUGAUCAUGCUGAGUGGCUAGUUGAUGUCCUUUUGCCACAAGCUGAAAUUUCUGCUAUAUGUCAGAAGAAGAAUUGCAGCUCUCAUGUCCGACGGGCAGUUGUCACCUGCUUUUCAGCUGGCUGCUGUGGCCGCCAUGGUAACCGGCCUGUGCGCUAUUGCAAGCGUUGCCACGUCAACCACCACAGCAGUGAGGUGGGGGCAUCAGCAGAGACUCAUCUGUACCAGACGUCCCCCCCGCCCAUCAACACACGCGAGUGCGGAGCAGAGGAGCUGGUGUGCACUGUGGAGGCUGUGAUCAGUCUGUUAAAAGAGGCCGAGAUUCAUGCGGAACAGAGAGAGUUUGAACUGAACCGACGGCGUCAGAUGGGUCUGUCUACAUCCCAUCAUUCCUUAGACAACCUGGAGUUUGACAACAAAGAAGAUGACCAACAUGACCAGAGAUUACUCAGCCAGUUCGGCAUCUGGUUUCUGGUGAGUCUGUGCACACCCAGUGAAAACACACCAACUGAGAGCCUGGCACGAUUGGUCAGUAUGGUCUUUCAGUGGUUUCACUCCACGGCCUACAUGAUGGACGACGAGGUGGGCAGCCUGGUGGAAAAGCUCAAACCUCAGUUUGUCACGAAGUGGUUGAAGACGGUUUGUGACGUGCGCUUUGACGUCAUGGUCAUGUGCCUACUGCCCAAACCAGUUGAGUUCGCCCGGGUGGGUGGUUACUGGGAUAAAUCCUGCAGCACAGUGACACAACUCAAGGAAGGACUGAAUCGCAUCCUCUGCUUGAUUCCUUAUAACGUCAUCAGUCAGCCGCUGUGGGAAUGUUUCAUGCCCGAGUGGUUGGAGGCCAUCCGCACUGAAGUUCCCGACCAUCAGCUGAAGGAGUUUCGUGAGGUUCUCAGUAAGAUGUUUGACAUUGAAUUGUGUCCGCUGCCGUUUUCCAUGGAGGAGAUGUUUGGAUUUAUCAGCUGUAGAUUCACUGGAUAUCCAGCAUCCGUACAGGAGCAAGCUCUGCUGUGGCUUCAUGUCCUGUCGCAGCUGGAUAUUGUGGUUCCUCUACAGCUACUCAUUGGCAUGUUUUCUGAUGGUGUAAACUCGCUAAAAGAACUGGCCAAUCAGAGGAAGAUGAGGGCUGCAGACUUGUCUGGAAAUGCAGGACCCAGGAGGGUGAGUGUUGUGUCAGACCCCGGCAGAAGAGGGCAGCACAAUAACCUGAGUCCAUUUCCCAGUCCGUUCCGCAGUCCUCUGCACUGCAGCCCCUUUAAGAACCUCGGGCACGCCGCAGGCAACUGCGCUCUGGAUCUCGAUUGUGAUGAUGACGAUAUAAACCUGGGCUGCUUCAUUCUGAUGUUUGACCUCAUUCUUAAACAGAUGGAGCUCCACGAUGAUGUCGUGUUGCUGGGUUUGGAGAGCAGUCUUGGACGGGAUAUUGUGGCCAUAAUAAACAGUGUGUUGCAAGCACCGUGGGGAGGUUCACACACCUGUCAGAAAGACGAGAAGCCAAUGGAGUGCAACCUGUGCCAGUCAAGUAUCCUGUGCUACCAGCUGGCGUGUGAUCUGCUGGAGAGAUUGACACCACGUGAAGAGAUAAGGCUGGUGGAGCCAUCAGAGUGUUUGGAGGACAGUUUAAUUUUUCCUCAGGCAGAAUUCACUGUCAAAUCAGAGAACGGAGCGGACGAAGGAGACGCAGAAAACCCUGACAGCUCCAAUCCCUCACCUGAAAUCCACCGUAUGUGCUCAGAAAAACAACACAACAGUUGGUUCUCAUCCAGCAGACAAACAACAUUAAAAAAUUGUGUGGACAAGAAGUUCUCCUACCAGCAGCUGCCUGCACACCUGAAGCUUCUUUACACCAUUCUGCAGGAAAUGAAUAAGUUUGAGGAGCCAGACAUUCUGUUCAACAUGCUGAGCUGUCUGAAAAUCCUGUGUUUACAUGGAGAAUCUCUGUAUCAUGCCAGAAAAGAUCACCCACAAUUCCUGGCCUACAUACAGGAGAAAAUGCUCAUUCCCAGCCUGUGGUCCAUGCUGAAGUCUGAGAUUUGUCAGCUGGCGUCUCUGGCUGUUCCUCAGCUCCUUCAUGCUCUUUCUCUCUCUAAUGGUGCUGAUAUUUUCUGGAGGUUGGUGGACAGCAGCUUCAACAGCAAAGACUGGAAGAUUCGCUUUGAAGCAGUGGAGAGGGUGGCAGUACUGUGUCGGUUUCUGGAUAUCGGUUCGGUUACAAAGAGUCACUUGCUUAAAUAUUCUCUGGCCCAUGCAUUCUGCUGCUUUUUGGCCAGCAUUGAGGAUGUGAAUCCCGCAGUUGCCACCAGAGCCCGACUUCUGCUGGAUACCAUCAAACGACCCUCGCUGCAGGUGCUGUGUCUGUGCCUGGAUUUCCAGUUUGACACGGUGGUCAGAGAUCGGCCCAUCAUUCUGAGCAAACUGCUGCUGCUGCAUUCCCUGAAACAGGAGAUUCCCGCUCUGAGCUGGGAAUUCUUCGUCAACCGCUUCGAGACGCUGUCGCUUGAGGCUCAGCUCCACCUGGACUGCAAUAAAGAGUUUCCUUUUCCUACAACCAUCACUGCAGUGAGGACAAAUGUUGCCAACCUGAGCGAUGCCGCCCUGUGGAAGAUCAGACGCGCUCGCUUCGCCCGGAAUCGUCAGAAGAGCGUCCGGUCUUUACGCGACAGUGUCAAGGGUUCGUCAGAGUCCAAGCGGACGUUGUCUCUCCCUGAAACGCUCUGCAAUAAACUGCCUCUGAGAUUCACAAGGCAAGAGCAGUCGGCACCCACACUGGGAAAUAUGCUUGAAAAGGUCCUCGCAGGUGAGAGCACUUCUCCAGGAGACGACUCCAUCAUUAAAGAUCUGAUGCCCGAAGAUGCGGGUAUAGACCACCAGACCGUGCACCAGCUUAUCAUGGUGCUAAUGAAAUUCAUGGCAAAAGACAAAAGCAGCGCAGAGACGGACAUCGGCAGCGCCAAAGCCUUUAACACAGUCAAGCGCCAUCUCUAUGUCCUGCUGGGAUACGACCAACAGAUGGGAUGUUUCAUGAUCACCCCUCAGAAAAUGCGUUCCUCCACCUGCUUCAACGCCUUCAUUGCAGGAAUCGCUCAGGUUAUGGACUACAACAUUGGUCUGGGUAAGCAGCUGUUGCCGCUGGUGGUGCAGGUCCUAAAAUAUUGCACGUGUCCGCAACUCAGGCCGAACUUCCAGGAGCCUCCACGUUGCUCGCUGUGGGCCCUCAAACCUCACAUCAGACAGAUGUGGCUCAAGGCUUUGCUCGUCAUCCUCUAUAAGUAUCCAUAUAGAGAUAUGGACGUGAGUAAGGAUGUGGUGCUUCAUCUCAUCCACAUCACUAUCAACACCUUGAACGCUCAGUACCACAGCUGCAGGUCGCAUGUGUCCGCUGGCCCGCUGUACAGUGACAACUCCAACAUCAGCCGCUAUAGUGAGAAAGAGAAAGAGGAAGACAGCGUGUUUGACGAAUCUGACAUCCAUGACACUCCAACGGGAGCAGCCAAUAAGGAAUCACAGACCUUUUUCGCUCGCCUCAAACGGAUCGGGGGCAGCAAGUCCGUCAAGUAUCAGCCUGUGGAGCUUAACGCUCAGAGGAGUGAGAUUGAGUUAGCCGAAUACAAGGAGGGAGGUACGCUACAGGACGCUCUGCUGUAUCCUGCCAGAGACGACAGCAGCAGCAGCAGCAAGAAAAAGAGACUGCAAGCCAUGCACAAGCAGAAAUCUCUGGACAUCGGAAACACAGACUCAAUCCUCUUCAACCUGGACGAGCAUCGCCGCAAGUCCUGCAUCGACCGCUGUGACAUGCAGGGUCCUGCAGCCGUACAUCCGUCGUCUUCCUCCUCUAUAACCAGACAGCAGCACAGAGCACAGCGCCAUGGGAAAAACUCUUCGAACGGUCACUCGGUUGUCGACCGAAGAGACUCCGCUGCGCCGAAUGACAACGUCAGACCGGUUAUACCAGAGGUGCGUCUGAGCUGUAUGGAGACGUUUGACGAUAAACCCACUGGUCUGCCGGAUUCGCCACUUGACGUGCCGGGCCGACCUCAUCCUGACAAAGAGGAUCCAGAUCUCAUAGACCUGUCGUCAGACUGCACGUCCAUCCCAGAAAAGCAUUCAAUUCUCUCGCUGUCUGAUAGCGACUCUUUGGUUUUCGAGCCUCUGCCUCCUCUGCGCAUAGUCGAGAGCAACGAGGACUUAUUCGAGGCUCUCAAACUCCCCAGCUGUGUGCUCAGCAAACCUGAAGAAUCCAGCACCACCACGGUACACCUGUCUCCGCUCGUUCAAGUUAGCGUAAAGGAUUGCUCCGAGGACGGCGAGAACGUCGGCUGCGCGACCCAAGUCAGACCUCCCACGGUCACGUCGAAAGCGUCUCCGGAUCUCCUCGACUCCACACCUCAUCAAGAGAGCACCAUGACUCUAAAACAAAAGAGAGAUCUUUUCAAAAAGACGUCACGUGUACCGAACGCAUCCUUGGAUGAUUCUUGCGUGCAGCCAAUGGACAACUCUGGGACGAGACCCAUCUUCCUCCACGUCAGUCUGGACGCGCUCGGAUCAUUGGAUCCGUUAACGGUGGAAGAUGCCGGAGGAGGUUUUCGUGCUGGAGAUGAUGACGAGACUGAUGAGAGAGACAGUGACACCAAACCUGACGAUGAGAGCGAUGAGGCGGAAUUUAAGAUCCAGAUUGUGCCACGUCAGCGCAAAGAAAGGAAGAUAGCUGUCAGUGCAAUCCAGAGGGAAUAUCUGGACAUCUCUUUCAACACUCCAGACAAAAUCCGAGAGCCAGCCACUGAAUCGGUUCAGUCAUCAGAUCAGAUAUCUCUGUCGAACCUGGAGAAGCCCCGAGAAUCGGCCUCUGCUCCAGCCCUGGAGGCCACCGUCCCUGAAACCAGCCAUCGCUCUUCAGUGUCCACUCAGUAUCGUCAGGUGAAGCGAGGCUCACUGGGCGCAGUCACUAUGUGUCAGUUAAUGAAGAGACAGUUGGAGCAUCAGUCCAGCGCGCCACAGAACAUCAGCACCUGGGACACGGCAGGUCUUACAAAGACCAGUCUGCUCUCGGCUCCGAGUACCGCCAGCAUGUUCGUUCCUGCGCCCGAAGACUUCGGCGAUGAGCAGCCCAGCACCAUGGCCGACAGGUGUCGGGAUUGCGGGGCGGUUCUAGAGGAGUACGACGAGGAGACUUUAGCUCUGGCUGUGGUGGUUCUGUCCAUGUUCAUCCAUCUGAGUCCUGACCUGGCCGCUCCGCUGCUGUUGGAGAUCAUGCAAUCUGUAGGCAGGUUGGCCUCAAGCUCCAACUUUACAGGCCAGGCUGAAAGCAUGCUGAUACCUGGUAAUGUCGCUGGUGUGGCCAAGCAAUUCCUGCGCUGUGUUUUGCACCAGCUCGCUCCUAACGGCAUCCUGCCACAACUUUUCCAGAGCAACAUUAAAGAUGGAAGUUUUCUACGCACGUUGGCCACAUCACUUAUAGAUUUCAAUGAGCUGAGCUCUAUAGCAGCGCUGAAUCAACUCCUGGAGGGGUUGAACGCUAAGAAGACUUUACCAGCAGGAGGAACAAUACUGCACUGUCUUGACAACAUCGCCACCUUUAUGGAGACUCUUCCCAUGGAUUCCCCCAGUAACCUCUGGACAACCAUCUCCAAUCAGUUUCAGACGUUUUUAACUAAACUACCUGCUGUUCUGCCACUCAAGUGCCCGUUGGACUCGAGUCUGAGAAUCAUUAUUUGCCUGCUAAAGAUUCCCAUCACAAAUGCAUCAAGAAGUCUGUUGGAGCCCUUCUCUAAACUCAUGAGUUUUGUCAUCCAGUAUGGGGUUUUUAAUCUUUCUUAUGUCGUAGAGAUCUGCGGUUUAUGCUACAAAACCUUCAGCAAGGAAAGAGACAAAUACUACAUGUCACGUGUUGUAGUUCUGGAGUUACUUCAAGCUCUAAAAUUCAAGUCGUCUGUUCCUGACACAAACCUGCUGCUGCUGGUCCAGUUUGUCUGUUCAGAUAUCGGUACGCGGUUGGCUGAAUCCACUAUUCUUCAGAAGCACAUGAUAGCUGCUUUGCCUGGGUGUACAACUGCGGCGAUGGAGUGUUUAAGACAAUAUCUCAGUGAGAUCUUAGACUUCAUAGCAGACAUGCACACGCUCACCAAAUUAAAGAGUCACAUGAAGGCGUGCUGUCAGCCACUGCAUGAAGACACAUUUGGUGGGAAUCUGAAGGUCGGUCUGGCUCAGCUGGCAGCCAUGGAGAUCAGCAAAGGCAACCACAGAGACAACAAAGCGGUUAUUCGCUACUUGCCGUGGCUUUACCAUCCUCCUUCUGCUAUGCAACAGGGACCUAAAGAGUUCAUUGAAUGUGUGUCACACGUUCGACAGCUGUCAUGGCUUCUUUUGGGCUCUCUUACCCACAGUGCUUUGCAUCAGGGCUCAACGCCCUGCAUGCCCAUUCCACUGGAUGCUGGAUCUCACAUUGCUGAUCAUCUCAUCGUCAUCCUCAUAGGAUUUCCUGAGCAAUCCAAGACAUCGGUUCUCCACAUGUGCUCGCUGUUUCACGCCUUCAUGUUCGCUCAGCUGUGGACCAUCUACUGUGAGCAGGCCUCAGCCGCCCCGACCAAUCAGAACCAGAACGAGUUCUCGUCCGGCGCCAUCCUUACGGGUUUGGAGUUCUGGAGUCGUGUAACUCCCAGCAUCCUCCAACUGAUGGCCCACAACAAAGUGAUGGUUGAGAUGGUGUGUUUGCAUGUCAUCAGCUUAAUGGAAGCUUUACAGGAGUGUAACUCAACCAUUUUUGUAAAAUUAAUUCCCAUGUGGCUGCCAAUGAUUCAGUCCAAUCUAAAUCAUCUGUCUGCGGGUCUUCAACUGCGUCUACAAGCAAUUCAGAACCGAGUAAACCAUCAGUGUCUGCAGAGUCCCGGCUGUUCAUCGUUCUCUCUCACGCUGCGCAAGUGGCUUCAGUGCACUCAGUUUAAAAUGGCUCAAGUAGAAAUUCAGUCAUCUGAAGCGGCUUCUCAGUUCUACCCAAUGUGAGCGGUUCAGCAGCAAACUGUGUGUCUGUAUCUCAGCUGCUGGAGAAACUUAUACGGACUCACUGUUUGAGCAAACAAAUCUCGGAUCUUUUCAAAUAACCUCACUACCUAGAAAGUUAACAAACUAUAAUGGAGUAUAGUAGUGUACUGCCCUACAAAGACAAAUCACCUUAACUACUUUUACCACACUCUAGUCAGUUAACGACUUUAACUCUGUGUGUGUGUGUGUGUGUGUGUGUGUGUGUGUGUGUGCGUGCGUGCGUGUCUGGGUGCGGGUGAGUCUGCGUGCGUGCGUGUGUGUGUGUGCGGGUAAGUGUGUGUGUGCGCGUGUGUGUGCAUAUGCACGCGUGUGUGUGCGGGUGAGCGUGCGUGCGUGCAUGUGUGUGUGUGCGCGUGAGUGUGCAUGUACGUGUGUGUUACUAGAAGUGUAUUUGAUGUGCAUAUUGUAUCAAACCUAACUAUAGAGAUAAAAUAAUGUUAGCUUCCUGUUGAUUUCCAGGAGGAAACGUUUUUCUUUUGCAUAAUCAAUAGAUACAGAGGCUAAAUAUUUAUGGGGAUUUUUCAAGUUCUGUCUGUUUUGUUGUUGUUGUUGUUGUUGUUUAAAUGCUUAAAACUGUUUAAGUGAUAAAUGAGCAUCUCUUCGUCUUGAAAUGCUUGGAGCUGCAUCUGUCCAUUCUGCUGUGUGUGCACUAUUUUAAUAAACAAUGUAAAGGCUGAGAAGCUUUUGUCCACAGAUCUGCAGACCUCCACAAACAGUAGAAGAAAAAAACAAAACUAUUACAGUACUUGGAUAAAUGCUUUUUAUGUCUAAUGAAACAUUAUUUGUUUUUGACUUCCCUGCUGUUUCUCAGCAGGGCUGUGGUUUGAAGUUCUGCAGAAGUAAUAAUGCAGCUCCUCUCUUUCAAACGCUCGGUUGUGGGUCAAGCUGACCCAGUCUGCGGUGACUGCUCACUCACAGCAUAUAUCAGAAAUGUCCCAUCCCUUAGCUUCAGCUUCUCAGGUAUGAACAGUUACAAGUAUGUCAGUUAUUCGUGAUCAUUUCGAGAAUGUGUCAGACCAUGGUAAUUGACCAGAACCACUUUUGCAAGGUUGAACAGGACGUUUCACAGUGGUGUGUUUCAUUUCUGUAAUAUACAUUUUAUAGAUAUGAUGUAAAACUAAUAAAAAAUGCAUAAUAGCAUUUACAGUGGAUGAUAAAGUCUUUGAAAGACUAUUAUGGCAUAGGGCAGAUAAAUACAGAAUGAAAUGAACUGUUAUCUUCUCAUAAAUAAAAUAUUAAUAAUUGAUAAAUAAAUAUUUCUUUUUAACUUUGCAAUUACACAGAAUACG